CUUCUUUCGCACCCUCUUCGCGACUCUAGACUCUUCUUACAUACAAGAUGGCAACAAGCACCACUGCCGGCACUCCCGCUGCACCGGACCCGUCCGUACUGGGCGCCAAGAAGCCCAAGCAGGAUGGCUCGUACGAGCUUGCAUACCUCAAGGAUCUCGUCUCGCAGCUGCAGACGAAGAUUUCUUCGCUCGAAAAGGCCGCCUCUUCGGCCGUCUCGUCGGCGCUCCCUGCCUCGGGCGCGACAGAAGGCGUGCGCAUGAUCCUGAUUGGACCACCUGGCGCGGGAAAGGGGACGCAGGCGCCCAAGAUUCUCGAGCGGUACAACAACUGCAUCUGCCACCUGGCCACGGGUGACAUGCUCCGAGAGCAGGUCGCCCAGGGCACCGAGCUGGGCAAGAAGGCCAAGGAGAUCAUGAACCAGGGUGGCCUCGUCAGCGACGAGAUCAUGAUUGGCAUGAUCCAGGACCAGCUCGAGAACAACAAGAGCUGCAGCAAGGGCUUCAUCCUCGAUGGUUUCCCUCGAACCACGCCUCAGGCUGAGAAGCUCGAUGACAUGCUCAAGAGCAAGCAGCAGAAGCUCGACCACGCCGUCGAGCUCAAAAUCAACGACAACCUCCUCAUCUCGCGCAUCACCGGCCGGCUGAUUCACCCUGCUAGCGGGCGAAGCUACCACAAGGAGUUUAGCCCUCCCAAGAAGCCCAUGACCGACGAUGUCACCGGCGAACCCCUGAUCCAGCGGUCCGACGACAAUGCCGAGACGCUCAAGAAGCGCCUUGGCACCUACCACGCCCAGACGGCCGCCGUGACCGACUACUACCGUAAGCAAGGCAUCUGGUCUCCCGUCGACGCCGCCCAGGCUCCGCAGGUCGUUUGGACCUCGAUCUCGGCCAUUUUCGACAAGAAGGAAAAGUCGACGGCCUAGAUGCUCUAUAUCGGUAGGACGUUCUAAUUUCGAGACGAGAGCGGAGUCAAGAGAAACUGCUCGCCGCUCUACUCUUUCGAUUCUCUCGCUCUCAUCCCUCUUUCCCUCUUGUUUGCGUCAAAGAGGAGAAGAAAUGAAACAAAAAGGAAAUGUCAUGUUGCUUAAAUAGCC